ACCACAUAUAUAUAAGGGUAAUUUUUAGUAAUAUACCUAAAAUGUAACAAAAUUAGCAAUAUAACCUUCGGUCAUUAAUUGUAGCAAAUACCGUUUAUGUCCCUAUCGAAAACGGAAACUAAUAUACGUGAUUUUAAGAAACCACCAUCUUCUCCGGGUGAAGAAACAACCGACAUCAACAGCCCAAAUUUCCCUGAAAAAAUGGAAAAAAAAGAUGAGCAAUACACUAUUAGUAACUCCUAUAUAUACUUUAACCUCACCAGAAAAAUAAUUGAAGCAAUGUACAGAACCUCCAUUAGAGCUCUGCAACUCAACAAUCGAAGGUCCGAUCUUGUGAAAAAUCAUCAGAAACUCUCGAUUCCAGAAAUCAAACCAAAAAAAAAAGGCAACCGAUUGUGAAAACAUCCUUGAUUUAACACCUACAUCUGCAAAAAAAAACACAGCGAUCGAGCAUGCCAAUAUCCAAAAAAGUUUCAGAUCGAUCACCACAAUUUUCACAAAAAAUUAAGUCGAUCGUCACCAUAACGUUUCUCUAAUCAUCAAAUACACGAUCGAAGCUGUGCAAACUGAAAAUUAGUUGAUCAAUCGAAUCUUCAGAAUCGCCGCUGGAAAAACUCAACAACAUCUUCGUUCCUCAUACAAAGUUUCCUGCAGAAAAAAGCAACAAAACAGCUCCAACAAACACUCAAUUUCUCCAAAGAAGCUAAGAAAACAGAGGUAAUUUCUCUAUAAAACAGAGGUAAUUAAAGGAUUAUCCUAACAUACAUUUGUAAUUUUUCAACAGAAAAGUUAAUAUUACAUUUAUACCUCAUUAUGCACAUUCAACUAGACAUGUUCUAUUCCUUUUUCUGAAAAUCUUUACAUUGUUAAUCUCAGACAAAUGGAAUUGAUGACAUUGGUGCUUUACUACAAUGGUAAAAUUGUGGAUAAAUGCAUAUACACUGAUUAUGAAGUCACAGGGAUACUAUUACCAAAAAGUUUCUCAUACAAUGACCUACAAACCAAAAUUUGUAGUGAGUUAGACUUGAACAACAAGACACUAAUCAGUAUGGAAAUCCAGUUUCAAAUACGACCAACUAUACCACCAAUGAAGAUCAAGGAUGACAGUGGCUGCAGAUUCUAUGAGCAAAUAAGGAAAAAAAAUGAUGAUGAGGCUGCAUACCCAUUACUCAUUAACUUUUCAGUGUCUUCAGACCCCAACCAAAGUCUAUCAGACCAACAAUUAUCAUGCAUUCCCCACUCAACUCAAAUAGACAGCAAUGCUGAACCGUAUGUACAAGAAACAGAAGAGUUACCUACAACAGCUCAACUUGCACAAACAAUUGCAGAAUAUAUAACAGACCAAGUUGAAAAAGCAACCAACACAAGCUGGGAGAACACAUCAAACAUAAUUACUGAUCCAAGGGUUGAAAGCAUACAAAUUGGACAGCUUUAUAAAGACAAAGACACAAUGAAACUCGCCAUAAGCCUCUAUGCCAUAAAAAUGAAUCAACAAUACAAGGUAAAAAGGUCAUCAUCCAAGGACUACAGCCUAAUAUGUGUUGACAGUAACUGCAAAUGGUACUUCCUAGCAUCAAAACAUGGCAAAACCGACAUGUUUAAGGUCAGAAAACUCAAUGACACUCAUACAUGCUCCCUAGAAAUCAUUUAUGAAGACCAUCCUCAAGCAACAAGUGACAUAAUUGCUGAUUGCAUCAAACGAAGGAUCAUAAACCCCAAAAGAAACUACAAACCAAAUGACAUUGUUGAAGACAUAGCGGAAGAUUAUAGUAUCUCCAUCUCCUACCACAAAGCAUGGAGAGCAAAAGAAAAAGCUACUUUCGACGUUAAAGGUAGCCCAUAUGAUUCAUACAAUGAAAUCCCUGGCUUCCUAUACAUGAUUCAAAAAUGCAACCCAGGAACAAUAACAGAUCUUGUACAAGAUGAUGAGGGGAGAUUCAAAUACUGUUUCUUUGCAUUAGCAUCUUCUAUCAAAGGCUGGAAUCACUGCACACCAAUAAUAGUUGUGGAUGCAACUUUUUUGAAGAAUGCAUAUGGAGGUACUCUUAUAGUUGCUAAUGCACAAGAUGCUGACAGACAUAUAUUUCCACUAGCUUUUGCAAUAGUCGAUUCAGAAAAUGAUGCGUCAUGGCAAUACUUCAUGGAUAAACUCAAACAAACAUAUGGGGAACGGGAAGAGCAAUGCAUAAUUUCAGAUAGACAUGAAAGUAUCGCCAAAUCAGUGAAAAUGGUAUUUCCCAACUUGAUGCAUGGGGUAUGUUGCUUCCAUCUAUUCCAAAAUAUAAAAUCAAGAUUUAGAAAAGGAGGAGAUGAGCUGAGAGAUGCAUUCUAUUGUGCAGCAAAAGCAUAUAAUCUUGCUGAUUUUGAAGGAUUCAUGAAAGAAAUAGACACCAUAGACAACCGAAUUCGUCCUUACUUGACAAAUGAAGUUGGCCUCAAUAAAUGGAGAAGGGUUUAUAGCACAAACAAGCGUUACUCAACAAUGACCUCAAAUAUAUCAGAAUCCGUGAAUUCAGCCUUGAAAGAAGUAAGAGAGUUACCCAUUGGCACACUACUAGAAUGUCUACGCUGCUUGGUUCAAAGAUGGAGUUGGACAAACAAAAAUAGAGCUCUUGCUACACUCACAACACUAGCAAAAGGACCAGAAAAGGAACUCAAAGACAAAUUAGAUCGCAGUAAAAAAUUGCAGGUUGAAACAUCAAACCAUGCCAUAUAUACAGUCAAUGAGUUAAAAAGUUCGUACAUAGUAGACAUUCAAAAAAAGACAUGCACAUGUCAAAGAUUCCAAUAUGACGAAAUGCCAUGUUCUCAUGCAAUGGCAGUAAUAUCAAAAAGACACUUCAAAUGCUACAAUUUCUGCUCUUAUUUCUACACAAAACAAGCCUUCCUUGCAACAUACGAAGAAACUGUGUUUCCAAUAGGUGACCGAGACUCAUGGGAGUUACCUGAUCAUAUUAGACAAAUUGAAGUACUGCCACCAAAGCACAAAAGACCAGCAGGAAGGCCAAGAAAACAACGGUAUAAGACCGCAAUGGAGAAAGCAACACAGAAUCAAUGCACACAAUGCUUGAAAAGAGGACACAACCGAAGGACUUGCAAGAAUGAACCAUUGGAACCAUCCGCAAAGAGAAAAAGAUACUAAAUAGACAUUGAAUUCCUACAACUACUAAAUAAACAUGAACAAUACGUUCCAAUUACUAUCUGCAACCAAAUUUCUUCUUUUUUCAUGUAUGUUCUGUUUGAAUAAUUCAACAUCAAAUAAAGAUUUCCACAUGGAAAAUUUGAAGAUACAAUCAUAAAUCUCAUAUAAGAAACAGUUACUAAUGUGUACCUUAAUUAUAAUUAAUCUCAUAAAAAUACAGUCACUCUUCCUAUGCCAUACCCAACUGCUAAUUAUAACUCCUGUAAAAAAAAUAAAAAAUAAAUAAAUAAUAGAAUCACCUUUUUAUAAAUAAUUCAAUAAUAUCAAUCUUUAAAAAAAAUAACCAACAUACAUACAACAAAACAUUAUAAACUUCAACAAAAAUAUCACACUAAAAAUCCAAAAUAUAUAUCCAACAUAAUACUUUGCCAAUAUCCAUUAUAAGGCAAAAAAUAACAACAGCAAAUCGUACUUAGUCUUAGAAAUACAAAAAGGUACUAAAUAUAUCCAAAAGAGUUACUAUAUUGUAACUAUUUACAAACAAUCCAAAAAAGUUACUAUGCAUUUUCCAAUCUGUCCACUUCUAAACCUAAGCCUUCAUUUCUGUCCACUUCUUCCAAUCCUCCCUGGAAACUCAGAUUCAGACUCGUACCCAUUGAUCUCCUUCUUCUUAGCAUGAACAUACAGAUCCACAGCAAGCUUGUUUCUAAAGAACUUCACAUCUAAUGGAUUUGGAAGUAAAUCAAU